AUGCUACCCCAGCCGACAUCGAGCAUAACCAACAAACCUGCCUCGGCUGCUUCGUCGCUGUAUCAGAACUGUCUGGCAGUACGAGAAUCUCUCUGUCGAGUGCCUGGCUUCGCUGCAGCUUUCCUCAAUCCAGAUGCGCCCUUUGCAGUGGGCGAUCCAGGGCCCAUCUCACCCAAUGGAGCCAGCGAUCCUCUCUCAGUCAUACCGAACGAUCCCGUCUCACAGGUCUCUCUGUGCCUCAGGCUGGGCUCCUCAUUGUGCUACUUGUUCAAUGUGCUUGCGGACACUCUCAACAUUGACAAGCAACUCGACAUCAAUCCAGAAGCGACACGCAAUAAUCUCAAGGCAUGCAAAGCCUCCGCUGCUCAGUUUAUCAUGGCCUGCAGCAGCACUUUCGGCUGGCACGGAGAUGACCUGUUCACGAUAACGAACCUGUACGAACAAGAUACGAAUGGCACUGUCAAGGUCAUCAACGUCGUCACGAGGCUUCUCAGCCAAUUAGAUCAGAGAGGUGUGCUCAUGCCACCAGUAGAGAUGCCAGAAGCAGAAAAAGCGCAGCUUGGCGCGCUCGACAAUCGCGCAAAAGUCGUUAACGAAAUCCUUGAAUCAGAACGCAAAUACGUACAAGAUCUCGAAGCGUUACAAAAUUAUCAAAGACAGCUGCAGCAGAGCGAUGUGAUCAGUCAAGAUACCAUCCAUGCCAUCUUCCUGAACCUCAACACGCUUGUGGAUUUUCAAAGACGCUUUCUGAUUGGCGUCGAAGCGCAUGCGAGUCAACCGCCAGAUCAGCAACGCUUCGGCUUGCUCUUCCUGCAGAUGGAGGAUAGCUUCGCUUGCUAUGAAGCAUACUGCGCAAACUUUACAUCAGCAUCCGAAGUCGCACUGCAAGAGAAUGCUGCGCUGAUGAAAAUGAGUCACGUCAUGGAACCCAGCUACGAGUUGCCCUUCUUUCUGAUCAAACCGAUACAGCGGAUAUGCAAGUAUCCGCUUCUUCUGCAGCAAUUGGUGAAAACGACAGAUGGCGGCAGUCCGUACUAUGGCGAGGUUAAGGAGGGUCUCGAAUCGAUCAAGCGUGUCACCGACAAGGUCAACGAGACAAAGCGGCAGAUGGAGAAUGAUCUGGCGGUCGUCGAGCUGGGUCGAAGGGUAGAAGACUGGAAAGGGCACGAGAUCUCCACCUUUGGCAAUUUGCUGCUGGAAGAUACAUUCAUGGUCAUCAAGAACGAAGCGGAGCGGGAGUAUCAUGUCUAUCUAUUCGAGCGCAUCAUCCUGUGCUGUAAAGAAGCAACGACAGUGGGCAAGAAGAAAGACAAGUCGAAUUCGAUCCUGAAGAAGCCCCCAGCGAAUAAGCGGCGGACAAGUCUGCAGCUCAAAGGUCGCAUUUUCAUCAACAAUGUCAUCAGUGCUGUGCCGAUGGUCAAAGCUAACCAACACUUGCUUCAAGUCACCUGGCGAGGGGACGUUGUCGACGAGCAUUUUGCGAUACGGUGCAGACAGGAAGAGCAGCUACGUCAAUGGGCAAAAUCGAUCAACAAAGCCGUUGAGGACAGUCUACAACAUCGUCGAAGCAGGCAUGCCUCUGCGCGUCGUCUGCAAUCUCCAUACAGUCAGUUCCCAGGCACACCAAUGUCAGAAGCGCCACUCGGUAGUGGCGGUCUGCCAGGUACGCCAGGGGAGUAUCCGGGCCGUCAUCCACAAAGUGCAAGUUAUGCAAGCUCCCACGGCUCGACUGUGAUGCCACGAGGAACGUACAUGGACGGUCACAGCUCCCGCGGCGGCUUCCAUGACGACACAGAGGAUGACGGCUACUCGGGCGACCAGGAACCAGGCCGGAUAACGCCAAGUGGUAGGCGGCAAGGGCCUGCGACACAGUCGAUGCCCAAUUCUCGUUCGACCGAGCGUGACAGCAAAUCCCGCGCAAGAGCGAUGACGGAUGAAUAUCAACGCAGGACCACCAACGGCCUACCUUCAGGCGCUCGUACACCGUCAGGCGUUUCUCCGAGACAUGAACAGCCGCCAUCUAGCCGUGCCAGUGCGGCAGGCAGCGCGAGCGGCAGCACGCGCGGAUCUACGCCCUAUCAGAUCAACGGCUAUGGCAAAGCCGAUUCGAAGCUUAGUGAAUCUGAUCUCAUCGCCCGCGUUCGAUCUCAUGAGUCUCAGAGCUCACAUAAGCCGAACGGCGUCGUCGCCCACCCUUUCAAUCGCACGCGGUCCGGAAGUAACCCAUUGACGCCAGAAGAUGCGAUACAUCACAAUGGCGACUAUCAUUAUCAAAUGAAGCACGCUCCAUCUUUGCCGCGCUUGAAUCAGGCAGGCGGCCGAGGUCUGACGAAUGGACGCGAGCGACCUAUAAGCUCAAGCAGUGUUGGCACAGACAGAUCCUCUGGCGAAUCGGGUCAGCGCAGUCAGCCGUGGACCGCAGCAACCUCGCCCGCGAGCACAGUGCCACCGCAUUCAGCCAAAAUGCCAUCGCAUGGCUAUACGUCUGGUGCUUCGUCAAGCGGACGACAGUCAGGGUCGCCUCCGACAAGUCAGAGCGUUGCGCAAAUCAAGUUCAAGGUCAACUUUGGCGAGGAUACCUUUGCAGUGGCAGCGCUAUCUACGAUCGGGUACCGCGAUCUUGCCGACAAAGUGCUCAAGAAGAUUUUGCUGUGUGGUGAUCGAUCUCGUGUCGAUGGCAACAACAUCCGACUGAAGUACGAGGACGAGGACGAGGAUCGGAUCUUGCUGAGCGCAGAUGAAGAUGUACAUAUUGCUUGCGAGUGGGCGAGAGAGGCCAGUCGACAAUCAGGCGAACCGCCCUCCCUGCAAGUCUUCGUCAGCACGGCAUAA